AUGGAGCUUGCGUCCGACCAUCCUGUUCGUGACCACUCUGAGUCCAAAUACUCUGACCCCCCUAUUGGCUAUAUCAAUGUGCGUCGGCGUGAAGUUCGGCGGCCCCCGCCCACGGUUAAUGUAAAUCAGAGUGAUGAUGACGACGAUUCCUCCGUAGAGGAGCUCAGAGAGCGUGCAGUUACACAAGACAGCAGUCAAUCGGAUGGUGUCCAUGAUAUGCAAUCACAUUUUCGAGCCCUACUGCCUAAGCUCACAAGCAUCUCGAGUACAGAGCGCGCAUCUCUUGCAGAGCAUGCAUACCCGACUGCAUCUUCCCGUGAUGGAAAUGCUCGAUUCGCGCGUGCCCCGAGCAGCUCUGGUCUUGCCCGCCAUCGCGGAGGCCCGUCGACUAUUGCAACAUCACCUCGUGACCCCCCUCAACGGCGAGAUAGCAUAUUGACUGCAUCCGAGUCCAGCUUUGUGUCAGCCCCUUCUCCUUCCGUUGGGCCAAACGAUCAGCUGCGUUCGCACGGGGAAUCAUCUAGCAACCAUCUGUCAGACCAUCCGUAUCGGAGGCCAGGAAAGCAUCGCGUUGGCGAGAGUCCCACGCCUGAAGAAUAUAUGGCGCUUCCACCCGAGGCGAAAAAGAAGGUCGACAACCGAUUGAGUGCACGACGGAGCCGAGCGAAACGAAAAGAGCAUGUGCACAUUCUUACUUCGACAAUUGCGGAGCAACAAAAUACCAUUGAACUGUUACGAAUUGAAAACAAGCAAUUGAACGAUCACAUCGCCAAUCUUUCGCGUGCAGGAUACUCCCUCCACGCGCCUCCGUUUCAACCAGGGCUUGUUCCUCAUCCCAGCCCGCAUCUUAGUCACGUGCAAGGACCCAGUCAUGCCCAUCCCUCUAGCCGUCAACCCGUUUCUCACCCACAACUCCCGCACUUGUCCGGUUCGCCUCGCCGAUCUCACCUUGCCCAUUCUCCAACUCUAUCACACCCAUCCACCUCGUCCGGUUUAGUCGCAGCAGCCGGACUACCCAGCGGCCCUGGGCAAGUUCCUAUCCUCGGACAUAAUGUAGCCUCAGCAUCCCGUUCGGACGCGAGUGGUAGCUAUGCGGUCCAGGGCCGAGGCAGGUCUCGGUAUGACAGUCCGGGGCGUGGCACCAAACGUGAGGUGGAUGAUGAAGUAGAUGACAGGUUGCGCACAAGGGUGCGAUAUGCUAGUCCGGAACGGAUGAAUUGGGAGCGUGAAUCCGAAGGCAGGCGGAUGUCACAUUCAAGUUUCCGCUCAUCUUCCCAGUCAGUAGAGUACCGCUCUCGAUAUGCUCCUAAACAGCCUGGACCUUCAAGCCGUUCUCCAUCUCCACAACGAUGGGACAACCUUCCACAGUCACUUGCAGCACGUCAAGAUACCACAGAAGAUGUUUCCAAUUAUCGAAUCCCGAUCCAAAUAUCCGGACAGGGGUCAUUUUCCGAUCGCCUCGCUACCCUCAUACGGGUCCACAAGCGCGCCGUUCUCACGUACCAAAGCUCUCGGCGAGGUCAGAUGACGAAUCGGGAAGAAGACCGGAUGGAAGGUGUACUGGUUGCCGCAGAGGCAAUUGGAAAAGAAGUGGAGGAAUUGACGGAAGAAUUCCACUUUGUGGGUCGCCAUGAUGGCGAUUAG